UUAUCCAUCCACCUUUCCCAGAGCAACACUUGGGCUGGUCCUGAAGCUUCCAGCCACCAACCACUUGCCAGGGAGCCUUUCUGGAGUGACCAUGAAGUCGCUCUUCCUGCUCUUGUGCCUUCCUCUGCUCACAGACUGCAGGUCUGUCCCGCUGAGCGUAAGGAAUCCCACUGAGCUAGCAGGCUCUAGGGAACUGGACUGUGAUGACCCAGAAUCAGAGCAAGCAGCCCAGGUGGCCGUGGACUACAUCAACAGCAACCGUCAGCUGGGCUACAAGCACACUCUGAACCAGAUCGACAAAGUGAGAGUGUGGCCUCGGAGGCCCAAAGGGGAGAUCUACGAGCUGGAACUAGACACGCUGGAAACCACAUGCCACGCACUGGACCCCACCCCACUGGCCAACUGCUCUGUGAGGCAACUGGCACAGCACGCUGUGGAAGGGGACUGUGACAUGCAGUUGCUGAAACAGGACGGCCAGUUUUCUGUGAUUUUUGCAAAAUGUGAUUCCACUCCAGACUCUGCCGAGGAUGUGCGCAAGGUGUGCCCGAACUGCCCACUGCUGGCCCAGCUCAAUGACACCAGGGUGGUGCACGCUGUGGAUGCUGCACUGGCCGCCUUCAACGGGCAGAGCAACGGCUCCUAUUUUCAGCUGGUGGAGGCUUCCCGGGCUCAACUUGUGACUGUUCCACCCUCUACCUAUGUGGAGUUUGCUGUGGCUGCCACUGACUGUGUUGCAAAGGAUGUCACAAACCCAGCCACGUGUAACAUGCUGGCAGAGAGGCAAUAUGGCUUCUGUAAGGCCACAGUCACUGAGAAGGUCAACGGGGAAGAUGUUGCUGUAACCUGCACAGUGUUCCAAGCACAGCCCCAAGCAGAUGCAGGGGCCUCCAACCCAGUGAACUCAGCUUCGCCCGCACCUUCUCCAGCUGACCCAGCCCCGGCUGCCAUUGUGGUAGGACCCGUGGUGAUGUCAGUUCCCCCAGGACCUCCACUGAAUCGGGAACACUAUGACCUGCGCCAUUCCUUCUCAGGUUUCACGUCAGUGGAGUCAGCAUCAGGAGAAACAUUCCCCAAAAUGAAAAAACCCAAGUCAGCUCCUGUUGGUCCAGUGGUUCGCCCGUGCCCUGGGAGAAUCAGAUACUUUAAGGUCUAAAUGAAGGUCACUGUCACUGUCACUGUCCUCCCGUUCAGAGAUAAGAAUUUUGGGCACUCAGAACACAAUCCCUAUGUGCCCAAGUACCAGGAACCUUGUCUAAUGCUAGGGCAAGUGCUAACUGACUCAGAGGACAGAAGCAAAGGGCAGAAUGGUGAGUUUGAUGGAAAGCAUUAGGCUGACAACUUAGUUCUCAUUGUUUGGAUGCUCACUCAAUAUUGUUGUGGUCUCUUUCUUCUGGGUGACCUGAACUGAUAAUUGGAACUGUAACUUUUAGAGGUGCUAUUUUCAAGUUUAUACCUGCUUAUUAAUAAAAGUGCCUGAGGAACCUUCCUUAAAAAGGUUCUAAGCUCUA